AUGUGGACUUGUACAGUUUAUGUAAUCAGUUACAUCAAGGUAUUGUGUUUUCAACUUGAAAAACAAAUUCUGUUUCAGAUAAAGAAUGUGGAAUCUGAGGGUUGUUUGGACACGUUUGGCCGUAAGAGUGGUGAAAAUGCAGCCAUGGGUUCUUGUCAUGGAUUGGGUGGAAACCAGGUUUUUGCAUACACAAAAAGACAACAAAUAAUGUCUGAUGACAACUGUUUGGAUGCAGCAUCAGUUGAUGGGCCUGUUAAGCUUAUAAGAUGUCAUGGAAUGGGAGGAAACCAGAUGUGGAAAUAUGAUGAAAAGGUAAUAAAGUUUAGAAUGACUUCACUUAUCUCUCAAUGCAAUGGGAUCCAGAUAUUGGAGUUCAUUCAGCAAACAGCAUUCACCUGUGUAAUUGACUGAUGUUGGUGUACAGUCAGUCCACAUGAUUCACCUGUGUAUUUGACAGAUGUUGGUGUACAGUCAGUCCACAUGAUUCACCUGUGUAUUUGACAGAUGUUGGUGUACAGUCAGUCCACAUGAUUCACCCGUGUA